AGAAGGGAUAUGAGGCGAGAAGCGUGGGGUGUGCAGAGAGAAGGAACAGCAUGGCAAGCCUGAGAUGGGAGAACCUGACAGCCAAGCGCUGACCAGGGCGCGGAGCCACUGGAACGCUGGCCCCCUGCUGGCGAGAACGCAGAAUGACAGGGCUGGGCCUCUUGCAGCGUUAAACGCGCACGGACCGUGUGACCCAGCAUGUGGGGUCGUUUUCGCAACAGACCCGACAACACGUGAAGAUUCGUACGGGGAGGUCCCAGGAGGGGAGCUGGGACUGUACUCCGAACGUCCGUCAGCAGGCGAGUGGACACACAGUGGUCCACACCUCUGUGGACACGGAAGGACAUGUUGCUGCGGAUGCCCUCGACGUGCUGAGCGGCACAAGCCACAUCCUAGAGAGAGCCUGCCGUGCUGACGCAUUUUCCCGAGGUCCAGCAAAAGGCAAAACUGAGAAAGCUCAGUCGAAGUUGCCUCUGGGGUGGGGGUGGGGAAGAGGAGGUGGUGGCAUGCCCUGUUUCUCGACUGGGGUCUUGGUGACAGCGGUCUUCUCUUCAGACUCGCUAAGCUGAGUGUUUAAGAUGCGUGCAGCUUACUCAUCAUACCGUGGUUUUUUUAGAAAAGGAAAGGGGGCUGGAAAGACUCCAGGCUGAGAAUAGAGGAACCAGGCUGAAUGGGUAGCUCCGGGCUCUGUCGUGUGGGGCCACAGAGCAGAAGGUGAGAAACGUGGGUUUGGCUGCGUGGGAACAGGGAAGCAUCGCAGGCCUCGGGGAAAGGGGACGGGGCCAAGCGCCAGGGAUCACCCAGGCGUGCAGGACCCUCGGACAGGCGACUGUCACGCAUCACCGCCAUCCCCCACCAACAGCUCGCUCUCUGCCUGAGAGUUCUGCCAGCCCAUCCAUCCCCAGGCGUCUGUGCCCAGGGUCCCCCCCCCCGGGGGGGGUCCCCACCCUGUGGCAGCCUGCAGGGUGAGAUCCAGACAGCAGGGGAAGGGAAGGCACCGUUGCCGGGGGAGCCGCGUCAGUGGGAGAGCAAGAUGUCCAGAGGAGGAAGGCGCGAUGGUGCAUCUGCUCUGGGCAGCCCCAGCGACGCCCAUGGAAGCAUCUUUCCUGGGAUGUUCUGGGCCCCGCACUUCCCAUCAGCUGGCCUUCCUCCUCUGGGCAGUUCAAACUCAGGACCGAGGUUUGAGGUCUGGCCCAGGGGCAGGGACAGCAGGAAGGGUGGGGCUGGGGUGACCCUGAGCUCCUGGCCCUUCUUCCCUCUCCUUCUUCCCCCCCAUCCUCGCUGCCCCCCCAUGGCAGACACGCCCCCCUGUUCUCUGCAGUGCCCCGCCUGCCAGAGAGAGCACAGCCCCUCCUCCCAGCCUCCCCCUCCGCGGAAAGUCACCCACAGCCUCUGCUCAGAACAAAAAUAAAAAGGGAAGUGUGGCAGCCCACCCCAGCCCCCACCUCUGCCCCUGCUAAAAAUAGAGGCAGCCUCUGAGCAGGGUGUUGUGCGGGCUUCCGGGGGAGGCCACCCGUCCCUGCAGCAUCAGCGUUUUCUGGGGCCUGGCAGCCACCGCGCUGGAGGAGAGGGAGUUUGCGAGACCCUGGAGAGACCCCUGGCCAGACCUGGGCAGAGCUAGUUUGCAAACACGUUCGGCCCAUCACGACUCCAUGUCCAGGACACUGGCUCAGGGAGGGACCCGCCGCAGCCAGAAGGAGUGAAACCGGGCCUCAGUAACAGGAGGGCACCUCCCGUCCAUUGAGCGCCGACUGCAUGCCAGGAGGAGCGCCCGAGAUGGAUGACUACAUGGAGACGCUGAAGGAUGAGGAGGAGGCCUUGUGGGAGAACGUGGAGUGCAACCGGCAUAUGCUGAGUCGCUACAUCAACCCAGCCAAGCUCACCCCCUACCUGCGCCAGUGCAAGGUCAUCGAUGAGCAAGAUGAAGACGAAGUGCUUAACGCUCCCAUGCUGCCAUCCAAGAUCAACAGGGCAGGCCGACUGUUGGACAUUCUGCAUACCAAGGGGCAAAGGGGCUACGUGGUCUUCUUGGAGAGCCUGGAAUUUUACUACCCAGAACUGUACAAACUGGUGACUGGGAAGGAACCCACCCGGAGAUUCUCCACCAUUGUGGUGGAGGAGGGCCACGAGGGCCUCACGCACUUCCUGAUGAACGAGGUCAUCAAGCUGCAGCAGCAGAUGAAGGCUAAGGACCUGCAGCGCUGCGAGCUGCUGGCCAAGUCCCGACAGCUGGAGGACGAGAAGAAGCAGCUGACGCUGAUACGCGUGGAGCUGCUGACCUUCCAGGAGCGGUACUACAAGAUGAAGGAGGAGCGGGACAGCUACAACGACGAGCUGGUCAAGGUGAAGGACGACAACUACAACUUGGCCAUGCGCUACGCCCAGCUCAGCGAAGAGAAAAACAUGGCCGUCAUGCGGAGCCGAGACCUCCAGCUCGAGAUCGAUCAGCUGAAGCACCGGCUGAAUAAGAUGGAGGAGGAGUGCAAGCUGGAGCGGAAUCAGUCACUGAAGCUCAAGAACGACAUCGAGAAUCGGCCCAAGAAGGAGCAGGUUCUGGAGCUGGAGCGGGAGAAUGAGAUGCUGAAGACCAAGAUCCAGGAGCUGCAGUCCAUCAUCCAGGCCGGGAAGCGCAGCCUGCCGGACUCGGACAAGGCCAUCCUGGACAUCCUGGAGCAUGACCGCAAGGAGGCCCUGGAGGACCGACAGGAGCUAGUUAACAAGAUCUACAACCUGCAGGAGGAGGUCCGCCAGGCGGAGGAGCUGCGAGACAAGUACCUGGAGGAGAAGGAGGACCUGGAGCUGAAGUGCUCGACACUGGGGAAGGACUGCGAAAUGUACAAGCACCGCAUGAACACGGUCAUGCUGCAGCUGGAGGAGGUGGAGCGGGAGCGGGACCAGGCCUUCCAUUCCCGGGACGAAGCGCAGACGCAGUACUCACAGUGCCUGAUCGAGAAGGACAAGUACCGGAAGCAGAUCCGCGAGCUGGAGGAGAAGAACGACGAGAUGCGGAUCGAGAUGGUCCGGCGGGAGGCCUGCAUCGUGAACCUGGAGAGCAAGCUCCGGCGCCUCUCCAAGGACAGCAGCAGCCUGGACCAGAGUCUGCCCAGAAACCUGCCCGUGACCAUCAUCUCUCAGAACUUCGGGGACAGCAGCCCCAGGACCAACGGGCAGGAGGCUGACGAUUCUUCAACCUCAGAGGAGUCCCCGGAAGACAGCCGAUACUUCCUGCCCUACCACCCGCCCAAGCGGAGGAUGAACCUCAAGGGCAUCCAGCUGCAGAGAGCCAAGUCCCCCAUCAGCCUGAAGCGCGCCUCCGAUUUUCCAGGGAGGGGACAUGAAGAAGAUGGCAUGGACGUCAGCCCGGGCUCCUCCAGGUCCCUGCCUGUCACCAGCUCCUUCUCCAAGAUGCAGCCGCAUCGGAGCCGUUCCAGCAUCAUGUCAAUCACGGCUGAGCCCCCAGGAAACGACUCCAUUGUCAGGCGCUAUAAGGAAGACGCGCCUCAUCGGAGCACAGUCGAAGAAGACAACGACAGCGGUGGAUUCGACGGCUUAGACCUUGACGAUGACAGUCACGAGCGGUACUCCUUCGGCCCCCCCUCCAUCCACUCCUCCUCCUCCUCCCACCAGUCUGAGGGCCUGGACGCCUAUGACCUGGAGCAGGUCAACCUCAUGUUCAGAAAGUUCUCGCUGGAAAGACCCUUCCGGCCAUCGGUCACGUCCGUGGGGCACGUGCGGGGUCCCGGGCCCGCGGUGCAGCACACCACGCUGAACGGGGACAGCCUCAUCUCCCAGCUGACCCUGCUCGGGGGCAACGCGAGCGGGAGCUUCAUCCACUCGGUCAAGCCGGGCUCCCUGGCCGAGAAGGCCGGCCUCCACGAGGGCCACCAGUUGCUGCUGCUCGAGGGCUGUAUCAAAGGCGAGAGGCAGAGCGUCCCCUUGGACACGUGCACCAAAGAGGAGGCGCACUGGACCAUCCAGAGGUGCAGCGGCCCCGUCACUCUGCACUACAAGGCCAACCAGGAAGGGUACCGGAAGCUGCUGAAGGACAUAGACGAGGGGCUUAUCACGUCCGGCGACUCCUUCUACAUCCGGCUGAACCUCAACAUCUCCAGCCAGCUGGACGCCUGCUCCAUGUCCCUGAAGUGCGACGACGUCGUGCACGUCCUGGACACCAUGUACCAGGACAGGCACGAGUGGCUGUGUGCGCGGGUCGACCCCUUCACGGACCACGACCUGGACAUGGGCACCAUCCCCAGCUACAGCCGCGCCCAGCAACUGCUCCUGGUCAAGCUGCAACGUCUGAUGCACAGGGGCAGCCGGGAGGAGGCGGACACGGCACACCACACGCUGAGGGCCCUCCGGAACACCCUGCAGCCCGAAGAACCCCUUCCCACCACAGACCCCCGGGUCAGCCCCCGCCUCUCCCGAGCAAGUUUCCUCUUCGGCCAGCUCCUCCAGUUCGUCAGCAGGUCUGAGAACAAGUACAAGCGGAUGAACAGCCACGAGCGAGUCCGAAUCGUCUCCGGGAGCCCGCGGGGGAGCCUGGGCCGGGCCUCGCUGGACGCCACAAAGCUCCUGACCGAGAAGCAGGAAGAGCUGGACCCUGAGAGUGAGCUCGGCAAGAACCUCAGCCUGAUCCCCUACAGCCCGGUGCACGCCUUCUACUGCGAGCGCCGUCGGCCCGUCCUCUUCACGCCCACCAUGCUGGCCAAGGCGCUGGUCCAGAAGCUGCUCAACUCAGGGGGCGCCAUGGAGUUCACCAUAUGCAAGCCAGAUGUUGUCACGAGAGAAGAGUUCCUCAGAAAGCAGAAGUCAGAGACUAUCAUCUACUCCAGAGAGAAGAACCCCAACACCUUUGAAUGUGUCGUUCCUGCCAACAUCGAGGCAGUGGCAGCCAAGAACAAGCACUGUCUGCUGGAGGCUGGGAUCAGCUGCACCCGAGACCUGAUCAAGUCCCGCAUCUACCCCAUCGUGCUCUUCAUCCGCGUGUCAGAGAAGAACAUUAAGAAGUUCAGGAAGAUGCUGCUGCGGCCCGAGACGGAGGAGGAGUUCCUGCGCCUGUGCCGGCUGAAGGAGAAGGAGCUGGAGGCCCUGCCCUGCCUGUACGCCACGGUGGAGGCUGACAUGUGGGGCAGCGUGGAGGAGCUGAUCCGCGUCGUCAAGGACAAGAUCUGCGAAGAGCAGCGCAAGACCGUCUGGGUAGAUGAGGACCAGCUGUGAGGCGGGGGCGCCGCUGAGUCUGAGCAGGACUCGGGCCGGGUGUCCGGACUCCGCCGGGCAGCGCCGUGGAGCCAGGCGGCACCCCACUGCCUAGACGGCCUAGGGGUUCCGUCCUCAGUCGGGGAGCCCCUCCAGGCAGCCCCGGGGGCGGCUGCGGCUGGGGGGACAGUCACACGCGGGUCGGGGCAGCGAGUCGUCUCCUCUGCCCAGGGCUGACCUCCUGAGUCUGUGGCCAGCCCUGCGGGCAUGAGCAGGGAGGUGGGACCCCCACGAAGGACGCAGAGCCAGGUCGGAAGCCAGUGGCCCCUGGAAGCCAGAGUGGCAGUUGAAUGUAACGCAUGGGACAGGUGUGCUGCCUGUAGGGUGGGGACCCUGAAAGCCAGGCACCCGCCGGCCCUCGGGACACACGAUCCGCACAGUCCCAGGCAGGAGGGGACAUGCACCGUGGUAUUAUUUUUGUUGCAUUAAAAUCUUUCUAUUUCCUUGUUUUCAA